AUGGAUCGCUAGAAGAAAACGUAAAACAUUGAUGAAAACGAAUUGGAUUCUUUCAAUCGAUAUUUAUAGAGAGAUAAUCAACCUUUAAAUUUGGGCACUUAACUCUCAUAUUCUAAAAUUAAAGUAAAUGUAGGAAUGCCAGUCAUAACUGAGUAACAAAAUGAAACUCUUGGAAAUACUCAUCAAUCAACAGUGUAACAAAGCAAAAAUUAAUCCCCUUAAAAGAAAACUAUUGGAAUGGAAGACAUAAGGUUGAAUAUUAGAAUAGUUUUCAAAUUUUAUGCAAGUUUUGGAAAUAGAAACAAUACUAGGUUUCUAAAAUCAAAUAAAUUUAUAAAAAUGUUAUCUGAUGCAUAAAUUAUGCCAUAAUUAUUGUCGAAUCGAGAUUGUGAUAUUUUAUAUGCCUAACAAACAAAACAUAAUGAAAGUCUCACACUAGAAUAAUUUUAGAACUUGAUACCAAAAUUAGCAAUGAUUGUUUAUCCUUAACAUAAAGUUCAUUAAGCCUUUCAAAAAUUAUAUUAAGAAUACUUAUCAUAGUUAUCUUAAAAAAUUCUUAAUUUUACUGAGUUUGGCCAAUAAAUUUAGUUUGUACUUCAAUCAAUAAGCCCUGAAAUUAAAGAUUUUAUAGAACCUAUUUAAUAAUAAUUAUCUAAUUUGCAUAAAUUUGUUUUUGAAGAUUAAAGCACUAAUAUUAGCAAAGUUUAGUGGCAAUUUAUGUAAUUUUUAACAUAAUGUGAAAUAUUACCUAAUUAUAUUAAUUAAUCUUAAGCUUAAUUGAUCUUUGAUAACAUAUAAAUAAGGCAGUAAAUCCUUAAUUUACAAGAAAAUGGAAAUUAUUUAUUUGGUUUAAAUAGUUUUGUUGAAAGUUUAAUCAUAAUUUCAAAAACAGUUCCAAAUUUGGAUGAAUUUACUUAAUUUAGAUUAUUGUUGGAUAAAAUUGAACAAUCAGAAGGUUUUAGUUAAUAUUUAAGAAAAUUAAAUAGAACAUAAAGUGAUAAAGUCAGAUUAUUUUAUAAUAUAGAAAAAAGUAGAGUUUAUAAAUAAGAAAAUCUGAUUUAAUAAAGUUAAAUGAUUUCAAACAAUAUAAANUAUUGA